CGGGCGUUCGCUGCUUUCGGUGCCGGGUCCCGGUAGCGGCGGUGCCGCCGUUUGGGAGUUAAAGCGCCGCGUGGUGGCGGUUGAGAGCCGUUCGAGUGCUGCGUUACGCCGCGAAGGGCUGGAAGGAGGCGGCUGGAGCGCCCCGAGUUCUGGUCAUGCUUUAUUCCUUUUACCUCAGAGCUUCUCCUUCCCUGUGUGAAACGCAUGGCGAACCGGGGCUGCGUCCUGUGCCGCUGGAGGGGGCGGCUGUGGCCGGCGAAGGUUUUGUCAAAGCAUGGGCUUGCUGAGGAUCCCCCUAUCGCCAACGCACAGGAGGUUCUGGAGGUUGAAAUAAUCAGCCUAAAAGAGAGGGUCAGUGUGAAGCAGGAGGAUGCUGUGCCCCUGGAGGAAGCGAGCAUAGAGGACAUCGUCUCUAGCUUAAGUGAAAAGAUAAAUCCAGAUGAGGCUGUGGAAGAACUGAAAUAUCGUUGUGCUCUUAAAACUGCCUUGGAUUCCUUGGAAGAAAAUGUACCAACCAGAGAAGAGCCACCUUCGAAGGCAGGGCCAAGUACUCGCUCAUCCCAGGCCAAUGGUGCCAGGUCUCUCUCGUCUUCCCCAUUAAGCAGCUGUCAGCCACUCUCUAAGGAAGACUUGGAGUCUGAGAGCCUCAGCAGGAAAAGAAAGCAGAGAAAUAGCCCCAACCUGAGGACUGGUACAAAAAAACAAAACCUGAGGUGCUCUUUAAUUCCAGAGAAGAGUCCUGGAGCGAAUGAAAACGGAACAAAACUCUCAAAGCGUAGCACUGGGGAGCUGUGCAACACAUCAAACUCAGACAGUGAGAAUUGCACAGUGCAGGGAUCACCGCCGUUAUCAAGAGAGAAAAAAACAAAGCCCAGAUGGUUGAAAAAAUCCCUAACGAGUAAUAAAGCCUCACUGAAGCUAAAGGAGGAGAAAUGUAAGCAAGGAAGGAGAGCAAGAGGUGCAGGAUCGCCUGGGUCACUUCCAAAUGGUUCCUCCAAAGGCCGAGGGCAGCCCCCUGCUGAGGGCGCUUCUGUGUCUGCAUCCUGCAGCUCUGGCACGGCGCUGCCUGGGAGGAGCAGGGUGAGCACCAGGCAGCAGCCCAGAGCCCAGAUGUUACUGCGCUCGUCUUCCAGAAAUGCCUCUGUGUCACAGAGGAGCACUGGAAGCGAGAAUAGAAACGGAGCCAAGCAGGUAAAUGAGAGGAAAAAGGCAAGGAGUCUGAAGCAAGCGAAAGGAAAACAAGAGGUCGAGGCAGGAACGUCCUCGUCCAGGAAAAAGGAGUGCAGAAACAGCCCUGAGCCUUCAGCUGGGCUGUCUGACUGCAGGGUGCUGUCUGAUGGCGUUCUCUCUCGGCUGCAAGAGGAGGAGGAUGAGGAUGAGCCGCCUGAGGUUAUGGACAAAACAAAGGAGUUCCACCUGCCCGACUUUGAGGAAGAGGAAGGACUGGAGCCCUCUGGGCUGUCUUCUGAGAGGGCGUUCUGUGAGAAGCUGUGUCAGCUCUCAGAUCUGGUGGAGGAGGAGGAGGAGGAGGAAGAGCUUCCCAGCAUUCUGUCUCAUCAAGAACCAGAAUCAAUUGACAAAGGGAUUUUGGUGUGGUGCAAGUGGCAAAGAUACCCAUAUUGGCCAGCAGUGGUGAAGAACGUGAAGCGGAAGCACAGGAAGGCAAACGUGCUCUUCAUAGAGGGCAACACAAGCGAGAAGAACAAGAGUUUCUCAGUGUCUCUUCGGAACCUGAAGCACUUUGACUGUGAAGAAAAGCAGGACCUGAUUGACCAAGCCAAAAAAGACUAUUGCCAGGAAAUUGAGUGGUGCAUUCAGUUGAUUUCUGACUAUCGGAUCAGAGUGGGUUGCCAUUCGUUUACUGGAUCCUUCUUGGAAUACUUUGCUGAUGAUAUCAGCUACCCUGUCAGGAAGCAGUACCAGCAGAGCUCAGCCCAAAUGACCUUUCCCAACGUAGCAGAGGAAGAUCUGGAGGACUCUGCGUUAGAAACUUCCCCUCAGAAGCCCUGCAGGAAGCUGCUGCCUGACAGAACCAGGGCUGCCAGGGACAAAGCCAACAAAAAGAUCGUGGAGUUCAUCGUGAAGACCAAAGGGGCAGAGGAGCACCUGCUGGCCGUCCUGAAGUGCAGGAAGGAGUCCAGGUGGAUGAAGGAUUUCCUGAGUUCCCGGCAGUACGGAACCUGCGUGGAAACUUAUUUAGAGGAUGAGGAGCAGCUGGAGCUGGUGGUGAAUUACCUGAAGGAAGUGGCGUACCACGAAACAGACACUGCAGACCUCCGUCGGCUGCUUGGGGAUGGAGUAAAAUUUAUUUUAGAUGUCCUUUUGCCUGAAGCUAUCAUUUAUGCCAUUUCUGCUGUGGACGAUAUAGACUACAAAAAGGCAGAAGAGAAAUACAUGAAAGGACCAUCUGUGAGCAAAAGGGAGAGGGAAGAGUUUGACGAAGAAAUUCUGGAGAGGAAAAGGCUUCAGGCUGAGCUGAUGGCUGCAGGCAGCGUGUGAACGGCAGCAAACGCUUUCCCAAUUACACCCCAGCCUUGUUACAUCUCCAAAGCUGCGGCUGUGACAGUGCUGCAUUACGUUACCACCACGCACAGUUGUACCUACAGUCCUUGUUCUCACCUCUGUGCUGCUGGAAGUGCUGUGAGCUGUGUAUGCUGCUGCUCUGUGCCCUUGAUGUGGACUCGGUGGGAAAGAAGCCUCUGUUGUCCUCAGAAGAACGCAGGCUGGCGUUGCGGAGCCAAAGGCUGGGACAGGGUUGGCUCUUUUCCUUUAUCUGUCGUUAAAGGUGUGAGGAAUAAAAUUGGUUCUGAGUGAA